AUGGUGGCGCAUAAAACUGCGCUUCAAGUGGCUUGCUGGGUGACAAUCUGGGCCGGCAUCGCUGUGUACUACCGACGAAGCAAACUCACGGACAUGGGUUUCAGUGCCGCAACCAUCUUGUGCAACGUCCUCUUCCAGGUGGGCUCCGACAUGGGCUCCACCAUCAAGAAUGUCUACUUCGGCCUCAUCGGACAACUCAUUGCGUGGCUGGUCUACUGGGUUUUCAUCGGCUUCUACCCUGAGGGCUAUGAUGGCAAGCAUCACUCAGUCUGGUGGGCAGCCAUGUCAGUGAUCUUCCUCUUCACCUUUGGCUUAAUCUUCCUCAAGAUCAAUGAGACUGUUCGAUUCUGGGCGCUGAUUUCCUUUACCGGCGGCUUUGCCAUGAACAUGGUGAAGCCUGGCAUUGAGAAUGAGCACAACACAGGCGGCUUCAAGUUCGACUACCGCGGGACUGCAGAGAACGGAAUUGUUCUCUUCGUAGUUGCGGGCGUCCUUUCGAUGAUGGUCUUCGCCAUUCCGCCUGUCUUAUCUUUGGAUCGUGGCCAGAAGCGUGUGGUAAUCGUUCUGAAGAAGCUGAAGCAGAAUGUCCAGGAUUUGAACAAGUACUAUGCUCGGGACACGGCCGGCCUGGAGAUUGUGUCCAUCAAGGAAGAUUUCGUUCUACUUCGCAAAGAACUCGAAGAAGCCGAAGCAUAUGGUGCUGCAUCAUGGUAUGAGUCGCUGGGAACUAGCAGUCGGCGGGAGUUGACUACAAAGCUGACGGCCCUCAUCCGGGACUUGAUCGAUACCGCUGCGCCACUGUUCCAGAUAGUUGCCGAAGAGGACUUUGGGCAAAGUCAUUCAGCCAUCAUUCGACACGUCAGGGUGCCCAUGAACAAUGUCGUCGACAGUACUCUCCGCAUGGUGGAGAUGCUGAUCGAAGCUUGUGAAGAUGGAGCUGUGAGCAAGUCUGAGAAGGCCAAGCUCAAGGCAGAAAUCGACGAGAUGCCAGAGCUGGUGGCUACGCUGCAGCAGCAGUUGAAGAUGGCCACGGUGGAGCGUGGUGCCCGCAAAAUCGAAGAAGAGGUGCUCGGAGAGCAUUACGUGGUUCUCACAGUUUGCUACCUUGCCCAGCUGGUUCACGACCAGUCGGUGUUCUUCCUGGACUAUGAGCGUAGCGGAGGCCUGCUGGACGAGUGCACAGACUCAUUGUCGAGCUUGUUCAAGUACGACAAAGGUGACCUGAGGUGGGCCAUGCGCUCAACACUCUGCCUCCUCACCAACUUCAUGAUCGGCUGGAAAGGCUGGUGCGAUGAGCUGGCCAUGCAGGAGUUUAUCGAGACCCCGACAGGGCUGAAAGAGGAACCGGUGUGCUUCAUCACGAAGUACACAGCUGGUCUUGCGAACAUCAACGUGAUUCUCAUGUCUCGCUACAGUGCAGGCACACUUCAGGCCGCUUUGGAGCGGGUAGCCGCUGUGGUCUUUGCUUCUGUGGUCGGUCAGAUCGGUUACGUGGCACUGGGUUGGUGCAACGAUGAAGCGAGGAUACUGACAGUGGUGGCGGUGUUCUUCGUGACGUGGGGCUUCAUGUAUUUCAGCUACGACGGGAACCCGGAUUCGCAGGCCAUUGCCCAGCGACUUGCAGCCAUCUCUGUCUCUUCUCUCAUGGCCGAUUGCUCGAAUGAGUCCGGCACGGCGUCCACGUACUCUGACUCCUACCACUCCUUCAGUGAAAUCAUUCUUGGUGUGCUUGUCAUGACCUUGUUUGACACCCUGUUCGGAGAAGAGCCUGCUGCAUCACAGGCAAGAGACAGUGCCCGCCAAGCUGUCUUGGCUUUCAAGAAGGUGUUCGUUGAGUACUUCAACAGCGAGAUCAAUGAAAAAGAGCUCCCUGCUGAAAUCGCGGCCGUGCAGAGUGAGUUGGCGGAGGCCAAGUCGUUCACGAACUUCGCCGUGAUGGAGCCAAGGUUCUGGCGGCCGACCUUUAACAAGACCCUCUACGAAACAGUCCUUAUGUCCUAUGAGACUUUCUGUGCGGAGUUGCUCAAGAUGAACAAGGUGCUGGAUGAUGACAAGAAUCUGCUCGUGGAUCAGUUGCCGUGCUACCACGCUCUGAAGACGCGAAUGUAUUCGGUCCUGAACGAGACAACGAAUUUUGUUCUGAAGACCAUUUCGCGGGAUCAGGAGGGACUGCACGACUUGGCGGUUAAGAAGAAGCUGACUGAGCCAAUGGUCCUUGGAAUGCUGGUAGAUGUCCGACUCUCAGACAUGUGCGUGAGCGCGGAAGAGCAACAGAUCUUCUGUGUGGGUCCAGAUGUCUUGGCCUGCUUCGUCUGGUUCGUCUUUCUUAUCCGACAGCAGUUGGUCUGCAAUGUCUACAUCUCGGGUGUUUCGUCUUGCCACGAUCUGUGA